AUGAUCCUCCCCGAACUGGCGCUCACCACUGUGGUUGCGGUGCCCGCCCUCAUUACGACUGCGCUGCAGCUGCAGCGCGUGCCAUCGCGGCGAGAGGACCAGGCUCACGACGCCUGGGCGGAGCCACUCGCAACGAGAGAUGCGGCUGCACCGAUGCCGAACGCUCCGUUGUGGUCUCCGGGAGCCACGCCGUGGGCGCCCCCGCAAGCUCCAAUACCGCAGAUGGGUGCGCACGGGGACGUCUACCAAGCCGUCCUCACCGCGCCGCCGCGCACCGCAGUGCAAGCGGCGGAGGCGAGGGCGGUGUGGCAGGCGGAGGUGAACCGGCGCCAGCGCCGCGACGCCUUCUCGCGCGCCUCCCUCGAGCUCUCGCCGCCGCCGCCGCCCGUGGCCGAGGCUGACACCAAGGUACAGUGGCUCGCCGAGAACGAGCGCCGCGGCGGGCACGACGCGCUCGCCCGCGCCCGCGACCGGCCUGCCGCCGAGCGGUCGCGCAGCGCCGCGCUGCCCGCCGAGCACGAGGCGUGGCGGUCGGAGGUUGCUCGGCGGCACUCCCGCGACGCGGACGCCCGCGCGCAGGGCCGGCUCUCAGAGGAGCCGCGCCACGAGGGCGGCCGGACGAGGGACGGAGCCAAGGAGGCGUGGCGGUCGGAGGCGUGGUUCGCCGAGGUGGAGCGCCGCAGCUCGCGCGAUGCCACUACCCGCGCCCGACGCCGGCCUCCUGCAUUCUGA